CCCUCCAUAUCAUGUGAUUUAGGUGUUCCAAUCCCCUCCCAAUCAUGUGAUUCACGUGUUCCAAUCCCCUCCCAAUCAUGUGAUUCAGGUGUUCCAAUCCCCUCCAUAUCAUGUGAUUUAGGUGUUCCAAUCCCCUCCCAAUCAUGUGAUUCUGGUGUUCCAAUCCCCUCCAUAUCAUGUGAUUCUGGUGUUCCAAUCCCCUCCGUAUCAUGUGAUUCAGGUGUUCCAAUCCCCUUCACAUCAUGUGAUUCGGGUGUUCCAAUCCCCUCCAUAUCAUGUGAUUCGGGUGUUCCAAUCCCCUCCAUAUCAUGUGAUUCAGGUGUUCCAAUCCCCUCCAUAUCAUGUGAUUCAGGUGUUCCAAUCCCCUCCACAUCAUGUGAUUCAGGUGUUCCAAUCCCCUCCAUAUCAUGUGAUUCAGGUGUUCCAAUCCCCUCCAUGUCAUGUGAUUCAGGUGUUCCAAUCCCCUCCCAACCAUGUGAUUCAGGUGUUCCAAUCCCCUCCCAACCAUGUGAUUCAGGUGUUCCAAUCCCCUCCCAACCAUGUGAUUCAGGUGUUCCAAUCCCCUCCAUAACAUGUGAUUCAGGCGUUCCAAUGCCCUCCAUAUCAUGUGAUUCAUGUGUUCCAAUCCCCUCCCAAUCAUGUGAUUCAGGCGUUCCAAUC